AGCCCCAGCCCUCCCAACAGCACCGGAGGCACGAUUGACAGCGAUAGCUGGGACCCCCGCUUCAACGAUGUCCCCUCCUCCGUCUCGCUGCCCGCCAAGAACAGAAAGAGCUUCAGUCAGCUUAAGCGAGCAAAACCCUACGGUUCCCUCUUCCAGCGGGCAAAACCUGGCAACUUCCUGCCGGAGCGAAAGCAAAUUGAUAAGAUCAGGAAGAAGAGAAAACUGAAGAGGAGGGAAACGGAGGUGUCUGCAGAAGAGGACUAUGAGGAGAAGCUGCUGGAGCUGGAGGCGGAGGACUCUUUUGUAGAGACGCCCAUGAGCCCCUCGUCUGAGGGCGACCCUCAGUCCGCGGCCGAGCACGGCUCGGUGUGGGACUCUGACACGCCGUCCAGCGUCUCCUACCCUGCUGUGACGGCCGAGCAGACAGUGGAGAUCCAGAGCGUGGGCAAACGAACGGUCAUCCGGCAGGGCAAGCAGGUGGUCUUUCGGGAUGAGGACGGCACCGGCGAUGACGAGGACAUCAUGGUGGAUUCGGAUGACGAUUCGUGGGACCUGGUCACUUGCUUCUGCAUGAAGCCUUUUGCCGGGCGGCCGAUGAUCGAGUGUAACGAGUGCCACACCUGGAUCCACCUCUCCUGCGCCAAAAUCCGCAAGUCCAACGUGCCAGAGGUCUACAUAUGCCAGAAGUGCCGGGACUCCAAGUUUGACAUUCGCCGUUCGAACCGCUCCCGGACGGGCUCGCGCAGGCGCUUUCUGGACUAGGGGAGGGAGGCGCGUGCUGGUGCGCUGCUUGGGCAGGCGGGCGAGCUGUGGACGCCGGCCGGGAGGCCGGGGAGGGCUCCCCCGAACUGCUGCUGCUCGGGCUGAAGGGCUGCCCGGCUGCCCUGCGGCAACAGGGACGAGGAAUCGCCGGGCUGUGGGCAGCCGGGGCUGGGAGAGGCCGACUGGGCAAAACUGCUGUUGGGUAC